AUGACAAAUUACUAUGAAAAUCCAUUUGAAUUCUGGACUUCAGAUGAAGAAGAUACAGGCGAAGAAGGAAAUUUCCUAAUAAAAGAACGGUUUAAACCCCAAAGUGAAAGUAAAGCAGAAGUAAAAUGGCACCAAAAUGAAGAUUCUAAUAAUUUAGAAACAACCUUGGAUUUCUUGAGCUGGAUUCCGUUGAUAUCAGAGCCUACAAAUGAACACUCAAUCUUUAGAGUUUUUGACAAGGAAUUUGAAAAUUUUAAACAAUUAAACUAUGAAUAUAUAGAAAAGGAGCUGUAUAAUAGUAUUUUUAAUGAUAAUAUUAAGGAAAAUGAUGAGAAUUUGGAAUCAUCGGCAUACACACCUUUAGGUGUUGGUGAAAAUAAGUCUAUUAUUUUGGAACAAGAAUCUGCGAUUGUAGAACCACCACCAUUUAAGCUAAUAGUGCCAAAACCAGAUGAGAAUAAAAGGUAUAUAAGGAAGAAAUGGGCGAUAGUUGAUGAUAAAGAGGCUCCUGAGCUCAGUGAUUUGAUUGUUAAGUAUCCAUUUGAGCUUGAUGAUUUCCAGAAAAAGUCUAUAUACCACCUAAUUAACGGAAAACAUGUAUUUGUAUCAGCCCAUACAUCAGCAGGCAAGACUGUUGUGGCCGAGUAUUCAAUAGCACUAGCUAUAAGUAGAGGCCAGAAGGCAAUUUACACCUCACCAAUUAAGGCAUUAUCGAACCAGAAGUACAGAGAGUUCAAAGUGAAGUUCGGAAACGAAAAUGUUGGAAUAAUAACAGGAGAUGUGUUGUGUAACCCAGGAGCAUCAUGCCUGAUAGUUACCACCGAAAUAUUGAGGAAUCUGCUAUACAGGGGUGACGCAGUGAUUGGCCAGAUAUCAGUGGUAAUAUUUGAUGAGAUACACUACAUCAAUGACUUAAGCAGAGGAGUGGUGUGGGAGGAAGUUAUUAUAUUGUUGCCCAGAAACAUUCAGCUGGUAAUGCUGAGUGCAACAGUGCCUAAUUACCUGGAGUUCGCAGAAUGGAUCGGUAAUGUGAUGCAAAAGGAAGUGUUAAUAAUAAUGACAAACCAUAGACCAGUGCCCUUAAAACAUUACCUAUACAUUUAUGACCGUUUCUUCCUGAUUCAUGGAGCUAAGGGGUUUAAUAAGGAGGCAUACCACAUAAUGUACAAGUACACAUCCACACUCAAGAUCAAUGACAAGAAGUCAACGUUUAAAGGUCAAGUGCAGAAGUUACAGAGACUUUUGAAACAGCUAGAAUCGGAGGAUAAGAUGCCUGUUGUACUUUUCUGCUUCAGCAGACAAAAGUGUGAACAAUACGCGAAGGAUAUGCCCAAUUUAAACCUAGUUUACAAUAAGGUGCAAGCAUCUAAAAUACAUCUGUUCCUGAAGGAAUCACUUGAUGGGCUCAGUGAAAGUGACAGGAAUUUACCACAACUUAGGAAAAUGGUAAACUUGCUAACUAGAGGAAUAGGCGUCCAUCACUCUGGAUUGUUACCAAUCAUUAAGGAAAUGGUUGAGAUAUUGUUUUCACGUGGCUUGAUAAAAGUGUUGUUCGCAACCGAAACUUUUGCAAUGGGAGUCAACAUGCCCGCACGCUCAGUUGUGUUCACAUCUAUUUAUAAACACGACGGAAUUAAUUAUAGAUAUUUAACAUCUUCUGAAUACACACAGAUGGCGGGAAGAGCUGGAAGAAGAGGUUUAGACACAUUUGGAAAUGUGUACAUAUUUUGUUGUGACGAGCCUCCAGAUGUACAAGAUCUCACCAAUAUGAUGAUUGAAAGGUCAACAAGACUUGAAAGCAGAUUCAGAAUAACAUACAAUAUGCUCCUCCAGAUACAGUCUAGGGAUCACAUGAAUAUCACGGAAAUGAUGCUAAAAUCAUUUAGAGAACGGGAGAAAAUGAUGAAAAUACCACUUUUAAAAAAACAAAUAAAUAAAAAGAAACAUGAGUUGAUGUCUUUGCCCCCAAUUAGCUGUAUAUACGGUGAUCCAACAAUCGAGAAUUACUACAAAACACUCAAUUAUUCUAUGAAUGUAUCCCAUGAACUUCACCAGCAUCUGUGGAACCAUAAGGAAAGCAGAGUAAUUUUUAAAUUCGGGAGAGUCUUGAUGCUACACUCGACCAAAAUCUCAAGAACCCUGUCGUACAGUUUUAUCACCGAGAUCGUUGACGAGAAGAAUCACACUUUUAAAGUUGCAACUAUUAUUACAGAGAGUGUUUCAGAUUUGGAUGAGGCGAAUAUAAAAACAGUGGAAUUCAAUGGAGAAUUGAGGCAUUACUAUAACCAUGAAGUUAACCUGUCAAGUGUUUCGUUUAUAUUCGAUCAUGUAUUCCUUGACACUGAUCUUGAUAGAAAUGUUAUUGAACUAUGUAAACUGAUUGAAAAGAACGAUUUUAAGCUUAUGUCAUUCAGCAAGAAGUUUAAACAAAUCUCACUCCAGUUCUACGAAAUUCUACUCAAACAAAGAGAUCUCUACCAAUUAUUCAAAGGAAACCCUUGCACAGACUGUCUUUUAAGAGAACAACACUUCAAAACACAAGACAAAAUUCACAACUAUGAACUGGAAAUUGAAGAUAUAAAUAAGCAACUUAAGGACGAAUCGUUGUAUUUUUAUGAAGACAUGAGCAAUAAACUCGAGGUUUUAAAGCAGCUGGACUUUUUGGACGAGAAUAACAGACCCACGCUCAAGGGAAGAAUAGCAACUUUCAUCACAACCAGUGACGAGAUUACACUGACUGAAGUGCUUACUCAAGGAAUUCUCUCUGAACUAACACCACCUGAAUGCGCUGCCAUACUGUCUGCAUUCAUUUACAACGAUAAAGUUCCAGAGAAGGAGGUCCCGUCACCAACCUUGGCACUACAGCAAGCUAAAAACCAAGUCGUUUCUAUACAUAAGAAAAUCGAUGUUGUCCAAAGAGCCUUGGGCGUGAGGGUUUCACAUGAGGAUUUUAACUCGCUCUGCAACUUUUCACUAUCAUACGUCAUUUAUCAGUGGGCUUCUGGAACGCCCUUUCAGGAAAUAAUGGAACUUACAGAUUUACAAGAGGGCCACAUUGUCAGGGUUAUACUCAGACUCGACGAGCUUUGUAGGAAAUUACUACAGACUGCAAACAUAUUCGGCCACCAAAAGCUGGCUGAAAAGAUCGACCUGGUUUGCAACGCCAUACGUAGGGACAUUGUUUUCAAGCAGUCUUUAUAUUUGUCAUAA